ACUGACGUCGUUUGAACAAUUCACCAGUAUCGGUUUUCACGUUUUCACAGUAAGAACCUGUUGCAGUGACCGAAGACUCAGACUCAAAAUGGCCGCCAAGGUAAACGGAAUAAAAUUUUUUUAUCUAUUUAUAGUCCGAACCGUCCCACUAACAUUGCGAUGAGGGGCCGUACUGAUUCGACGAUAUCAAUACAAUUUUCGACGACGGUCAUUAACGAACGCGUUUCAAUCGCCACUGCGUUACCCUCGAGUCGACUACGCAUUAUCGAAACGUUUUUCGAGGCUCAUACGUUUUCGUCUAUUAUUGAUUAUAUUACUAUUAUAAUUAUCACGGUUAGCGGUUAUGGAGGCUAAGUUAUUGUCGUUUUUUAGUUAAUCGUCGUCGCCGUCGUGGCCGUUUGCGUGUCCGCUGCCCUGGCCCAAUACAAAUCCGCUUAUCCGGCACCCAAAGCCUACGCCCCGGAGCCCGCUUACGCACCGGCCACGUAUAGCUUCGAGUACAGCGUAAACGACCCGUCCACCCACGACAUCAAGAGCCAGUCGGAAUACAGCGACGGCAACGGUUACGUCAAGGGAACCUACAGCCUGGUCGAGGCCGACGGCACCAAGAGGAUCGUCGAGUACACCGCCGACGACUACAACGGAUUCAACGCCGAAGUCAAGAAGGAAGGCACGCCGGCUUCUUACGCAGCCCCGGAAUACAAACCGGCCUACAAACCAGCUCCGUACAAACCGUACUGAUAACCAGAUUUUUCGACACGCAGAAAAUGCCCCUCCCUUCUGUACAAAAAUGAUCAAUCCGUGUGAAUUAUUCAUCGUUCAUCGAACCGAAUCGCGUCAUUAUUGUAAAUAUAUACACAUUGUACUGCUUUCGCAUGUAAACAAAAUACCAAUUUGAAUAACGA